AUGACCAGCAAGUACAAGCAAAAGUGCAUCCGUGAAGGCCUGCGACUUCGCAAGACGGCCGACAAGGCAACAUAUCCACCAGCCUUCCCUUUCCCACUGAGGCGGCUAGUAACAGAACUCCGGCUUCAGAUUUUCGAAUACAUCAUCGCAAAUGGCUGGAACAUUAGUCGAUUGGAUGAGGUCCCGACACUCAGAGAACAAGCCGUACUCAGAACCUGUCCUCAGAUCCGUAGUGAAGCCAUGGAGGCAUGGAGGGAUUCUCUGAAGGCACGAAAGGAGGAGCUACCUGGUGGCUGCCUUAUAACGGGUGGUCCAUACACGUGGGAGGAGGUCAAGGCUGGCGUACCUGGGAAACACCUCUUCGUGUUCCCGCAAACCAUGCAGAACGUGGUUGGUGCGCGAACUUCGGCGUCUGAAGUACUGUGA